CAUUUACGCUCGGUGCUUAGACCGAAUCCGCGCUCGCGAGCGAAAUCCAUUUACAGUCCAGUAGUAAAGAGGGCCUGGUCGGUACUCUGCUCCGUCAGCCAAACAAUCCGCUCGGUUAAAGCCUCGGACAAACGUUAAACCGUGCUGAGAGCGGCGGCGGUCCCUCGGUGGAACACUCCGACAGAGCAGGAGCGGUUUGGUGAGAAAGAAUGGCGGAUUCGAGCAGCACCGCAGCGGUCGGGGCCGCGGGCUCCAACAGCGCUGCUGCUGCCGGGGCGGCUGGCACUGUUGCGCAUGAUGGAGCGCCCGGAGCUUCGGGACCCAAGACCGGGUCCGAGUCCGUGAAGGGCCAGAUUUUUGACGUGGGCCCCCGCUACACGAACCUGUCUUACAUCGGGGAGGGGGCAUACGGAAUGGUGUGCUCUGCCCUGGACAACAUGACAAACCAGCGCGUUGCCAUCAAGAAAAUCAGCCCCUUUGAGCACCAGACGUACUGCCAACGCACACUGAGGGAAAUCAAGAUCUUGCUGCGUUUCCACCAUGAGAAUAUCAUCGGCAUCAACGACAUUCUCAGGGCACGGCACAUCGACAACAUGAGGGAUGUCUACAUUGUGCAGACUCUGAUGGAGACAGACCUGUACAAGCUGCUGAAGAGCCAGAGGCUGAGCAACGACCAUGUUUGCUACUUCCUCUACCAGAUCCUGCGAGGCCUCAAGUACAUUCACUCAGCCAACGUGUUGCACCGCGACCUCAAACCCUCCAACUUGCUCAUCAACACCACCUGCGACCUCAAGAUCUGUGACUUUGGCCUGGCACGGAUAGCCGACCCCGAGCACGAUCACACAGGUUUCUUGACCGAGUACGUGGCUACGCGUUGGUACAGGGCUCCAGAAAUCAUGCUCAACUCAAAGGGCUACUCUAAGUCCAUUGACAUCUGGUCAGUGGGCUGCAUCCUGGCUGAGAUGUUGUCCAACAAGCCUAUCUUCCCUGGGAAACACUACUUGGACCAGCUCAACCACAUACUGGGCGUCCUUGGCUCUCCAUCUCAGGAAGAUCUGAACUGCAUCAUCAACAUGAAGGCGAGGAACUACCUGCAGUCCCUGCCCGAAAAGCCCAAGAUCCCCUGGGAAAAGCUUUUCUACAAGGCGGACUCGAAAGCUCUGGACCUACUGGGCCGCAUGUUGACCUUUAACCCCAUCAAGCGCAUCAGCGUUGAGGAGGCCCUGGCUCAUCCUUACUUGGAGCAGUACUACGAUCCCACAGAUGAGCCAGUAGCAGAGGAGCCCUUCACUUUCUCCAUGGAGCUGGAUGACCUUCCCAAGGAGAAGCUGAAGGAACUGAUCUUUGAGGAAACGGCUCGUUUCCAGGAAACCUACCAGGGCUCCUGAGACACACAGCCCUAAAGAGUGACAAAGCCACGCAGAGGCUCGGAACAAGAAGACUCCAAACGACAUGCUAAAACAAAAAGAAACCUGAAUCGUCAAGAAACCAAGAAAAUAGAAAACAACAAAUAAGAACAUUUAACUGCUUAUCUUUCCAUUUCUACUGCAAGAGAGAGCUAAGUUUAACUUUGAUUUCUGUGGUUGGGUGGGGUGGGAGGGUCUGUCGUUCUCAUACGGUUUAAGUUUUGUCCAUUUUGGACUCUCCGUCUCCCUCCCUCUCGCCUCACAAUUGUUUUCCAGUCAAGUGUCCCGCCUCACCCUGUCCCAUCUGCAGUUACUCUCUUUCUCCUCUCAUCUCAUCAGACUCCUGUGUUCAUCUCUCCUGCACCUGUCGCUGAUCAGUCUUUCCUCUCCGUCGCUCCCUCUCAUAUAUACACAUACUACUGUAUUAACCAACACCAUAACUCUCUUGUCUUGCUCCAUGUAAAUCACAACCAGGAAAAAUCGAGGGCUAAAAGAACGGGGAUGCUAAUCGGGUGUGUGUGUAUAUAUAAUAUAUAUAGAUAGAUAUAUAUUAUAUAUAUAUAUACAAAAAUAUAAAAGGUUUUUUUUUUUUUUUUUUUUCUCCUAAGUGUGUUUGUCGCAGUUUUUGUUUGUAUACUGUUGUUUGAGUGUUUUCGGUUCAGUUCAGAGUCGUAUUUGUACGUUUUGGGGUUUAUAUUUGCAAGUCAUUUUUGAACACUUUAUUUUGAGACAAACAUUCAGUGUUUUUACUGGCAUGUUGGCAGGUUUAUAGAUUUCUUUGUUGUCGCUCCUUUUUUUUUUUUGUAAAAAAAAACAAAACAAAAAACAAAAAUAACUCGUGUAUGAUGUUCAUAUGAAUGCAUGCAUUCCUGGAAUUUACCAAAGUGGCAGAGAUGCGAGGAGCUUGGCUGGGGAGCAACUGAGGGAUAUCAGUUUUCACCUUAACGACGUUUCUUGACAUACAGGUUGUAUCAAGAGCAGACAAACUGAACUGAACCGAACAGUCAUAUUCAGGAAGUGCUACGUGUUUGGAAAAAAAUCUGAUUGAAGCAACGAGUAUAAAACAGUUUCCAUGAUUGCGUGUUCAUUCAGAUAUUACAACUGUGCUACCUUAGCCCCAUUUUCCAGAACAUUCAUGGUGCGCUGUGCCAUGUCCAAACAAUUUAGCUUUUUUUUCUUAAGGCAGUCCCCCCCAAACAGCACCAAAAUUUUAUACCAUAUUGUAAGAAUCAGAGGACUGAAUCCCCAAAGAUGUACUGAUCAGUAACUUCAUGAGUUACUGGAAGCUCGAUUGUGAAAGACUUUUUUUGUCAAAAUGUAGAAACAGAUGAAGAAAUUCUACCAGGUCACUGAGUUAAGAGACUGGCAUAAUAUUUAAAGUCCAGAUUAGGCCCUAUAACCUCAAUUUUUCAUGAAAUGCACCCAACAUCAAAGCUGAUCCAGUGUCAGCAUUGCAUUCCUAUAUUAAAUUACAUUCCUGUAACAAAAGCAUAGCGGCUGGCUGGACCACUGAAGCCCUCUGUCGUUACUCGGCUCCUCUGAAUCCUCCAUUUCCAAAACCAAUUUUAGGGAACACUUGUUCUGGAAAAUGGGGGUCAGGUUGACAUCAUCCUCUCCAUUGCGCUGUGCUGUUUUUGGACUUCGCUCCCAUCCGCUGAUCCAGGACAAGCACGUGGAGUCUGCGACCUAAAUGACAGUCGAAGGCCCGAAUCGGAACAACUUAAUAUUCAUUCAUUCAUGUGGCCACACUUGAAUGCGGUCACGCGCAAUUUCCAGCAGGCAUUUUUUUAGAUGAUGAAUAUUUCGGCCUACGUACCCUUUUUUUUCCACAGUAGACAUUUUUGACUUGUCAGUCAUUGGCAGUGCAGGGGGGGAAACGAACGUUGUUUACCGUGACUCCUUUCCAUCAAGUGUCCCAGCAAAUCAUGCCAUAGAGCCAACACACACACACACAGUACGGGACCCUGAAACUCUGAAGGAAAUGCCCUCACUAUUGAUGCUGUGGGUAACACCUGUGCUUUUUCUGCUGUGACACGCCAAAUUUUUUCUGCUGCGGUGGAAAGGAAUGUUAGAUGUGCGUGUUGAAUGGAACCGGCCUUAGUUUGUGGGGGUCCGUCGUCGCAGCUUGGCGUUCCUCAGCUGUGAGAUUUUCUUUUUUUUUUUAUUAACACUCCCGUUCCCCCCUCCUCUCUCUGCCUGCGUGCGUGUUGUCCCGGCCACCUGUGAACAUCCUGGAUGUGUAUUCUUUAACGUGGGUGACUAUAGCGCUGUUUCCCAGAGGCGGCUACUCCACGUUUCUUUGUGUGUGUGUGUGUGUGUGUGUUUGCACGUGUACUAUUAUUUCUGCGUGGUCACUGUUCCCAUCGGCUGUCCGCUCCCUCCUUUCUGUGACCGUACUCAUUGCCGCUCGGUGGAGCGACGCCCGCGGGUCAAGCUCGGUCCGCCAGCGCUGUCUGGACUGUGUGGAUUUUUUUUUUUUUUUUUUUUUUGGCCUGUUGCACUGGGACCAGUAAGAAACACCAUAGGCCAUAGCCAGCACUCCGGGAUCGAUGUGAGGCAUUUUGGUGCAUGUGGUGACACGCAUUCUUCUGCUCACCCUCCCAACUCUCGCCACGCUUUACUCAAAGGGCUGCCUCCUCUUCCCCCCUCCCCCUUCUGUUUUUUACGUACUCACCCUUUUCUGCUUCCGAGGGAUUUGUGAAAACCCUUCUAACCUGUCCCGCUGACUUCGCUGCCGCUUUCCUCCUCCCUCGUCAUUAAAUCACCAAAUCGUUGAUGGCGGACGGUCACACAAGCAGGAAAACUCGCUCCAAUCACGUGACUCAAUCAGCACGCCGGCACUUUGUCUUUCCAGCCACCCUCUGUCCCCCUUCCAGGUCGUUAUUUUGGGUUGGUCUUUCCCUCCCUGUCUCGUAUCCUGUUCGUCCAGCUUUACGUUUCACCUGCGGCGUGUGUAACGGCUCCUGGGCUGUCUGCAGUAAUUUAUGUCUUUGUAAAAGUUGUUGUGUAUCUGUUCAUCAGUAAUAUAAAGCCAAGACUCUUUUUGUCGUGUGUGUGUGUGUGUGUGUGUGUGUGUGUGUGUGUGUGUUGUUUCCUCACAUCUUGGGCCCUCUCCCUGCAGUUACCUGUACUUUUACAUCUUUGAGACUUUUUUUUCUCUCUCUUCGUUGUGACCAACACAAACACACACUGAUAUUUUUUUUUCUAUGUAUUAUGUAAAAGUUGGUCGCCACUCAAACAGGCCCUGCUUGUUUUUGUUUGUUUGUUUGUUUUUCUACAACCUGCCACCAGACCAAACAUCUCACUGGGUAGCCAUGGGAAUGAACCAAGAGGACAACAUUUUGCAAUCCUCCUGACGCACUCACACACACACUUCCGCGCUCUCGUUGAGAAGUGUAUCUGUGUGUUUGUGAAAAAUUGCACUUAAACACACCACGUACAUUCACACAGUAUCAACAAGUCUAAAGGCCUGUCUGUCAUGAGGCCUGUUUCCAGAUAUUGUUGUUUUUAAAUGGUUGUUCUUAUUAUUGCUAUUGUUGUUAUAUUGGUGAGUUGUUGUGUUUCUCUUUUUCUUUUUUUUUUUCUUUUUUUACAUAAAAGGGAGUUAAGUUGUAUCAUUUUUUUUUUUAAUUAUUAGGAUGUUUUUAUUUGUAUUUUUCUUCUUUAUUUCUCUUAUGGGCAUGAUUAUUAUUGGCCGUGUUUUCAAUCUUUCUAAAACUUACG